AUGUCCGAACACGGCAUUACUGCGCGAGCGACUUUGGCGGCUUCGGAGAUGCGUGGGGCUUGGCUUGGCGGAGCGUAUCAGGCCCCAUGGGGCACCACGUCAAUUGACCCGAGUUUUAAGAUAGCUGAGCAGGACAAAGUGCCCGCCCGAGUUGAGCCAGCAGGACCGGGAGCAGUCGACAACAUGGGCAUAUGGAGGAAGCCCCCGAAGGGGCCGCCGCAGGAGAAGUGGCCCCAGAGCCCCGACCUGAGGCCGUUGCAGCCAACGCCCUUGCAGGUGCGGCUCGGGGGCAUGUACGGACAAGCCAAGGGCGGGGAGCCGCGCACGCCUCUCUUCCGGCACCCGCUGGAUGCACCGGGCCCCGCCUUGCCGGGGACCCAAGCUGCGGAGAAGGCGGUUGGCGGCUGUGCUUUCCAACGGACGGCGAGGCGCUUGGAGAAGGAGACCUCAGUGGUGCAGGUCGCCAAAGAUUUCGGCAUUUUCCGUCGCAGCAUUGAUCGAUCUCAGAUCCAGCUUUUUCUGGCACAGCGCUGGUGGAAUUCUCCGUUUAAUCGAGGCGCCACGGCGGAACCCUGCGGGAAGCUCCCCACACCAAGGAAUCCUUAUGGCGCAGUAAAGUGCCGGACGCAGAUCGGGCAGCGGGCAGGUUCCCUGGACUUUGAAACGCCGAGGCGUUCCUUGCAGCGGGAGUCGCAAGCCUCCCAUGCAUCAGUCGGAUCGUACCUGACGGACCAGCUGGUGGCAUUGACGCAGAGGCUGCCCGCUCGAACUCUGGGCGCUGCCUCGCUGGGGCACUGGUUGCUGCUGCCGCUGUCGGCGGCGACCCUGGAUGCGGCCGGAGCCCAGGUCUUUGCGAACUCCCUGCUUUGGCUUUUGAUGAUCGCAUGCCUCCUGCUGUGCGUCAGCAGCCCUUGCCAUGGGGCAGUGACCCGCGCGCGGAGAAGGCCGAAGUUCGCGCAAGUUUGGCCAGGGGCCUUUCAGGAGCUCAAGAUUUCCUUCAUGCUGGUGGGCCUGUGCACCAGCCUCGCGUGCGUCGUUUGCCUGGCACGGGGUGGAUCCUUCAUGCUGACCCUUAUCAGGGCUGGGGCGGAUGAGCAUUGCUCCGUGGCAAUGCUGGGUGAUUUGCGGCGACGCCAUGUGCGAGCCUUCCGAUGCUGGGUUUUUCAGGGAGUAGGCCCGAGAAAGAGCGCGCGCGAUCCCCGGAUGGAUCUUCACCUCCGCAUACCCGCGGAGCGGUGGUGCAUCACCAUCAAGGAGUUCCGGGAGUUUGUGGCGGACGUGAAUCAGGCUUGGCGCGGCCAGCUGAUCCCCGACAACCCGCAGCAUCCAGACCCGGGUCAUUGGAACCGACGACUCGGGCCCAACUUGCACCAGGUGAACGAGCACUAUGUGAAGCCAGUGACGCUGAAAGCAGGCGGCAUGAGCUAUGCGCUGAUGAAGCACCCGGAGGGCCUGCCCUGCCAGGUCUUCGUAUCGCACGCCUGGCUGGAAGGCGUUUUUGAGCUGGCAGAUCUGUUGAAACGCGCUUGGCCUCCCAGCCGGCACCUCAGCAACCUGUACCUGUGCCUCCUGGCCAACCCUCAGAAUCUGAACAUCGAGACGCUGCUGACCUCCCCACGGCAGAGCCCCUUCGCCUUGGCCCUGGCGACGGCAUCCCACUUGCUGGUGAUACCCAACAGCCACACCAGCAUCUACAAGCGUCUUUGGUGCGUCUACGAGGCCUACCUGGGCACAGUGAUGGACAAGGUGUGCCUCAUGCCCGCGAAGCCGGAGAGCUACACGAAGUGGAGGACAGCAGCCUGGAGCAUUCUGCUGCCUUUCUCCACAGGCUUUGCGGUAGGCCUGCUUUGGCUAUUUGGACACCUGGCCCUGCAUUGGCGGGCGCCACAGGUGGCAUUUUGGAUGAUGCACACGGGCUUGGCAAUGAGCCUCGUCGGCCUAUCAUGUUCCACCUUUGCCACGCUGUUUGGCAAUCCAAAUCUGCAGACAGUCGCCUGGCUGCUGCAUGUGGGGGACAUCUUCCUGACCUCAACGCUGCAGAUGCCAUGGAUCUUCCACCCGGUGUCUUUGGAGCCAAGGGAGCGGAUUUUGCAUUAUCUGGCUCCUUUUGGCCAGUGCCUGCUGAACAUGACCCGUGUUCACCACAUCAACCAGCAACAUUUGGAAGGCCGCGAGCUCGCCCGACAGGCGAGCCACUUGCAUAUCUCCUCGCUGGAUGACGCCACCUGCACGAGCCUGGCGGACGAGCAGCGCAUUCGCCGUGCCAUCGCCGGGGCGGAGGAGGAUGUGGUCACAACAAUCCGUGUCUUGAUGAAGGCUGGUGCCUACACCAAGUCCUUGAGACAUGCCUACGAAGCGGGUGUUGAUAUCACUGGUGCGGGGAGCAUGGACGUCUCGGUGAGUUUCCCCAUCGCCGCCUUCCUGUGGCUCUGGUGCCUGUUGCGCACCACGGCUUGCUUCAAGUGGCGCGACGCGGCCUGCCCGGAGACCUUCUCGCUGCUGGAGAUGGCGCUGGCUGUCAUGGCUUGCGCUGUGGUGGCUAUGCCGUUUCUGCUCUACGGAGUGCGCAGCAACGGGCCAGAGUGGGUGGUCUUUGGGGUGGACUGCUGGGCCUUGUGUGCCGGACUGGCGGUGAUGGCGCCUGCUUUGAUGGCGGCCAUUGACGGCCACUUCCAGGAUGCGCACGGCGAGGGCGGGUCAUUGCCCUCGAACGCCUUGCGGUAUGAUGCCUAUGACAGCCUAGUGUGUCCCACCGCCUCCACCUGGUACAUGGUGGUGGCGUUUCGGCCUCUUAUGGCGGUCAUGGCGGACCUGGGCGCCGUACUUGGCCCCGCACGCAUGCACGGGCUGAUGAUGCGCAAGCGCGAGACCCGCCGCGGGGGGCUCGGAGUCAACCUGCAGAUUCUGACUGGGAAUCCUCGAGCAGUGGCAGAGUUCCGACAAUUCGUGGUCGACGUGGAGCAGGUUUGGAAGCUCGGGCAGAUCCCCGACAGCGAGCACCAUCCGCACCCGGGUCACUGGAACCGACAAUUCGGGCCCAACUUGCACCAGGUGAACGAGCACUAUGUGAAGCCAGUGACGCUGAGGGCAGGUGGCAUGAGCUAUGCGCUGAUGAAGCACCCAGAAGGCCUACCCUGCCAGGUCUUCGUGUCGCAUGCCUGGCUGGAGGGCGUUUUUGAGCUGGGGGAUCUGCUGGGGCGCGCCUGGCCACGCAGUGGGCACCUCAGCAACCUGUACCUGUGCCUCCUGGCCAACCCUCAGAAUCUGAACAUCGAGACGCUGCUGACCUCUCCACGGCAGAGCCCCUUCGCCUUGGCCCUGGCGAAGGCAUCCCACUUGCUGGUGAUACCCAACAGCCACACCAGCAUCUACACGCGUCUUUGGUGCGUCUACGAGGCCUACCUGGGCACGGUCAUGGACAAGGUGUGCCUCAUGCCCGCGAGGCCGCAAACCUCCGCCAGGUGCAGGACAGCGGCCUGGACCAUGCUGCUGCCUUAUUCUAUGGGCCUUAUGGUAGGCCUCGCAUGGCUAGUUGGAUACUGGACGAUGGAUUGGGGGGUGCCGAAGAUUGCGCAUCGGCUGAUGGACAUUAGCCUGGCACUAAGCCUCCUGGGCCUCGCGUUUUCCACCUUGGCCACGGUGUGCAGUGCUGCAUUCCUACAGAAAUGCGCUUGGCUGGUGCACGUGAUGAACCUCUUCCUGGCCUCCACGAUGCAGCUGCCAUGGAUCUUCAAGCCUGUGCACUUGGAAACAAAGGAGCGGAUCUUGCACUACCUGGCUCCUCUCUCCCUGUGCCUGCUGAAUGCGACCCGAAGCGUUCACCAGAUCAACCAGCAGCAUUUGGAAGGCCGGGAGCUCACCCGGCAGGCGAGCCAUUUGCAUUUCUCCUCGCUGGACUUCGCCACCUGCACCAGCCCGGCGGAUGAGCAGCGGAUCCGCUGCGCCAUCGCUGGGGCGGAGGAGGAUGUGGUCACAACAAUCCGCGUCUUGAUGAAGGCUGGUGCCUACACCAAGUCCUUGAGACAGGCCCACGAAGCGGGUGUUGAUAUCACUGGUGCAGGGACCAUGGACGUCUCGGUGAGUUUCCCCAUCGCCGCCUUCCUGUGGCUCUGGUGCUUCGUCCGCACCUUGUCGUGCCUGAAGUGGCGGGACGCGGGCUGCCCGGAGAGCUACUGGAUGCUGGACAUGUCGAUCGUCGUCAUGGCCCUGGCUGUGCUGGCCAUGCCGCUGCUGCUCCGCAUGGUGCGCGGCUUCGGGCCGGAGUGGGUGAUCUUUGGGGUGGACUGCUGGGGCUUUUGUGGCGGGCUGGCGGUGGUGGUGCCAUCUCUAAUGGCGGCCAUUGACAGCCACUUCCAAGUCGGGGCCCUACCCUCCAGCGCUUUGCGGCGGGACGCCUAUGACACACUGAUUUGCCCCAAGGCAGGCACCUGGUACAUGGUGGUGGUGUUCCGGCCCUUCAUGGCGGUGUUGGCGGACCUGGUCACCAUCCUCGGGCCCGCGCGCGUGCACGCGCUGGUGAAGCGAAGGAAGUGCCCGGUGCUGGACCGGCCCGAGCGUCUAUCGUCAGAUUCUGACUCGGAAUCAUCGAGCAGUGGCAGCGCUUUGACCUAA